AUGUCCAAUCCCUUCACACCUCCAACUUCUUUGCCCGGAAAAGGGACCAUACAUCUCGCACUUUUACCACCCAGCCAUCCAAAGCUAAGGACUGUGAACUAUCAGUAUCCAUUAAAACUAGUCUACCCGGCCCCAGUACGAACGACGAGUGAAGACGCUGAUCUGGUACAUACGGUCUACCUGCUCACAUAUGGCGGCGGCUUGGUCGCCGGCGACACCAUAGAUCUCCAUGUCCAUCUAGAUGAGACAACAAAACUUAUCCUCCUCACACAAGGAAGCACCAAGCUGUUCAAAUCACCCGGGCGAGAUAUCCUCAGCAAACAGUCGAUGACAGUCGAUCUGACUCCUGCCUCCGGACUCUGCUAUCUUCCAGACCCCGUCCAGCCUUUCGAGAAGAGCUGUUUUGAACAACGGCAGAUCUACAACAUCCAUCUCCCGACUUCAAAGGAACAUGGCACUGGAAGUCUUUGCGUACUCGAUUGGGUAUCCAAUGGUCGACCUGCGAAUGGAGAAAAUUGGUCGUUCUAUCGCUAUGGAAGUCGCAAUGAGAUUUAUCUGCAGAAUCCAGCCGGAACUCGUAGAUUGCUUUUACGUGACAAUAUGCUGUUGGACCAGGACGAGGGACAAGGUGAUGUCGCGAUCAGAAUGGAUGGUCUUGCUGUCUAUGCUACUUUGAUACUAUACGGGCCAAUGUAUUCCGCUUUGGGACGGUUCAUUAUGAGCGAGUUCAAACAGUUGCCUAGAAUUGGAGGCCGAAAAUGGGAUAGCGGUAGUGACAGCGAAGAUGAAGAGACGCUUGAUCCGUUAGUAGUUCAACGAGUCAAGAGGCAACGAUUAGAAGCUGCGAAUAAGGUCACCUGGUCCGCUGCCUCAAUUCGAGGUUGUGUGGUUGUCAAAUUCGCAGCACCUGCUUUAGAAUCAGCGAGGCGGUGGCUUCACACAGUACUCUCUGACGAAGGCAGCGUAACGCAACAGUUUGGAGAAAGGGCUCUGCUCUGUCUUCGAUAG